AUGGAGCAAAAUCAGAUUAGUUUAAACUCUGUACCUCCUUUUUUGUCUAAGACUUAUAUGAUGGUCAGUGAUCCUACAACUGAUGCUAUUGUUUCAUGGAGUUCUACUAAUAGAAGUUUCGUUGUAUGGAAUCAACCUGAAUUUUCAAAACAUUUGUUGCCCAAUUAUUUUAAGCAUAACAACUUCUCGAGUUUCAUAAGACAGCUCAACAUCUAUGGCUUCAGAAAGAUUGGUCAAGAGCAGUGGGAAUUCUACAACGAAGAUUUUGUAAGAGAUCAACCAGAUCUCCUAAAAAAUAUCCACAGGCGCGGACCAGUGUUUAGCCAUUCUACGCCUAGUGCUCAUAGCCAAGGUGCGGCGGCUUCGGCUUCUGGUGCUGGUGCUGAUGCUGGUGUUGGUGUUGCUGCUCCUCCAUUAACAAAAUCAGAGCGGAGAAACUUUAAAGCUCAAAUAGAAAAACUUAGAAAUGAAAAAGAACAAUUACUUAGAACACGUCAGAGGCAGCAAGAGGAAUGGAAUUGGAAUGAGAUGCGGUUAGAUCACUCAAAGGACCGUAUGCAACAGUUGGAAAUUAAUCACCAAAGUUUGCUCUCUUCCUUCGGUCAAGUGCUGCAGAAAUCCGCAGAAGUUGGCCAGUCUUCUGCCAUCUGCAGAAAGCAAAGUUUUCUGGGAAGUCCCUAUAAUAACUUAGCUUGCAUCGAACUUCGGAGGGAAACAUCGGAAGAGUUAGCUAGCGCAAACGCUGAGAGCGCAUCAGUUCUCGGUAUAAACAUGGAACAAUUGGAUCGGCUGGAGUCAUCAUUUACGUUUUGGGAAAAUCUUGUAAAAGAAGUUUCCGAGACGUCUUAUGAAACUGGUUCAAACUUGGACUUUGAUGAUUCUAUGAAUCGUGCACAUGGUCCAGGAACGUCUCGUGCGCAACUAGAUCUUAAAGUUCCGCCCGAGUCAUCAGGAAACACAAGGAACUCUCUGCCAAAUUCAGCUCUUGUUCCUGAUCCGGAUCCAGUUGAACUUGAGCCAGAUAAUAUCUUUGUUCAUGAUCCUGUUAUACCAGAGGCAGGUGUCAUCGCUGUACCCGAUCCCAUUGCACCUGAACCAACUGUUGCCGUUGUUCCCGACUCUGCUGUACUGAAAGAACAACCUAUUGGAACAAUCCCGGGUACUAAUAUAUAUAAUACACCAUUUUGGGAAAAGUACUUGGUGGAAGAACCUGAUGAGUAUGAAUCAGAAAUUAGCAAAUACUGCUGGAUCUUCAAGAAUCGAAAAAAACCUCAAAAUGAUAAAGCGGAGAAAGCUUAG